GGUGGCCUCUCUGCUCCACGUUCGUUUGGCAGCCGGCACAGGCAUGACACAAGGGGACAGAGCAGGCCCCAGAGGAAGUUGGGAGAGGAGCCUGGUUCCUGGCCUGUGCUGCCAUUCUUCACCCCUUGGGCCAGGUCUUCACCCGCUGGCUGCUUUCCCUGCCCCAGACUAGGCUGCUGGGUCUGGGCAUGGGCUUACAUUCUGAAAUUGGGCCACCCUAGAUAACCCAGAGCUACCGAAUGGCCCCACUGGCCCGCUCGGCGGCAACCUUCCCGGGAGGACCUGGGCCGCUGAGGGCAGGUCGGGACCAGGCCAUGCCUCCUCCCCCAGGCCUCCGCCCCUGCCCUUCCAGAGCUCGGCGGCGCCCAGGCAGUUCGGGAGCCCGAACCUGUCGAGCAGGUUUUAAGAGCCGCCAGGACUGAGGCUGGGGAAGGAUGCGCGGUCUGCCCCGUGCUCCGCGCGCUCUCUCGGUUGCCUGAGUCCCUCGCCUGCCUGCCCCGGAGCCCCGGCGACUCCAUGGCGCGCGCACCGAGCCUCCUGGCGCCCCUGCUGAGCCUGGGCCUGGGCCUGAGGCUGGUCCUGAGCCUGCCUGGGGCGGGGGCCACGGACUGUAGGUCUUUCGGCAGGGCGGAGCGUCUGUCGUUCGCCCCGGAGGCCAGGGUCCGGUGGCUGGCCCCUCGCGUUCGCGAGCAGGGGCCCCUGGACCCCCUCUAUAGCACAGUGCGCCACUUCCUCUCCGUGGUGCAGCUCAACCCCUUCCCGGCUGGGUUGGUAAAGGUCCUGCUUAAUGAGCCGUCCUCCGUGGAGGUGGAUGAGGUGGUGCGGUAUGAGGCUGGCUACGUGGCAUGCGCUGUGAUUGCGGGUCUUUACCUCCUGGUGGUGCCCACCGCUGGGCUCUGUUUCUGUUGUUGCCGCUGCCGCCAGCACUGCGGGGGCCGAGUGAAGACCGAGCACAAGGCAAUGGCCUGUGAGCGAUGCACCCUCAUGGUCUUCCUGCUGCUGACCACGCUUAUGCUGCUGACUGGUGUGGUCUGUGCCUUUGUCACCAACCAGCACACGCACCAGCAGGUGGGCUCCAGUGCCGAGGCCUUGCCUGAGACUCUGCUCAGCCUCCGUGGCCUGGUCUCCGAUGUCCCCCAGGAGCUGCAGGCCGUGGCACAACAGUUCUCCCUUCCCCAGCAGCGAGUCUUGGAGGAACUGGAUGGUAUCGGCCUGAGCAUUGGGGGCAGUAUCUACACCCAGCUCCGGAGCACCGUGUAUGAGGCCCUGGCCUCAGUGCAAAGCCUGGGCCAGGCCCUGCAGGUCUCUGUGGACCACUUCUGGGCCCUGAACGCCACCUUGGUGGAGCUGCAAGAGGGACAGCGGGACCUGGAGCUGGCUGUUCCGGAGCACCGGCAGCGCCUCCUCAUCCAACUGCGGGAGCCCGGCUGCCAGGGCUGCGCAGGGGCCCUGAGUCAAGCCCGAGCCCUUGAGCUGGGAGCUAACUUCAGCCAGGUGCCCCCUGUGGGUGAUGUCCUACAUUGGCUGAAGGGUGUCCCGGAGGCCAACUUCUCUGGCAUGGUCCAGGAGGAGAACCUCACCUUCAACGCCCUCCCGUACCUGGCCGACUUUGAAAUAACCAACAUGGUCAGAGAGCUGAAGAACACGGUGGCCCAGCAGCCUGCAGGACUGAGGACACUGGCUGAAGGGUUCCCCGGCUGGGAGGCAGCCUCUCACUGGAGCCAGGCGCUGGAGAAUGUGGCACAGAGUAGCCGCCCCUACCUGAAGGAGGUGCAGAGAUAUGAGACAUACAGGUGGGCUCUGGGCUGCAUGCUGUGCUCCGUGGUCCUGCUUGUGGUGGUCUGCAACCUGCUGGGCCUCACCCUGGGCAUCUGGGGGCUGUCUGCCAGGGAGGACCCCAGCCACUCAGAAGCCAAGGGCGAGGCUGGAGCCCGCUUCCUCAUGGUGGGUGUGGGCUUCAGCUUCCUCUUCGCUGCACCUGUCAUCCUCCUCAUCUUUGCCACCUUCUUUGUGGGAGGCAACGUGCAGACACUGGUGUGCCGAAGCUGGGAGAGUGGGGAGCUCUACGAGUUUGCAGAUACCCCCGGGAACUUGCCCUCAUCCUUGAACUUGUCCCAACUUCUGGGCCUAAAGAAGAACAUCAGCAUCCACCUGGCCUAUCAACAGUGCAAGGAAGGGGCUUCGCUCUGGAGGGUCCUUCAGCUCAAUGACUCCUACAACCUGGAGGAACACCUUGACAUCAGCCAGUAUACUGCCAAGCUGCAGCAAAAGUUGGAAAGCUUCAAAGUGGACACGAAGAAUCUGGACCUGCUGAGCCCAGCUGCCCACCGGGACCUGGAGGCCCUGCAGAGCAGUGGGCUGGAGAAUAUCCACUACCCUGGCUUCCUCGUUCAGAUCCAGAAGCCCACGGUGAACACUGAUGUGGAGAAGCUGGCCCAGGAGCUGGGAAGACUGGCGCAGACCCAAAGCAGUUCUGUGCUGGGGCAGCAAUUGCAGGAGGAAGCCCAAGGGCUCAGAAACCUCUAUCAGGAGAAGGUCCUCCCCCAGCAGAUCCUCGUGGCCAAGCUCAAUCUCAGUGUCAGGGCCCUGGCAUCCUCCGCCCCAAGUCUCCAGCUGGAGACCUCAGGUGUCCUGCACAGGGUAACUUACUUAAAAGAAGAGCUGCCUACGCAGGCCACCCUUAUCCUGAGGAAUGAAAGUAUGUGUUUCCUAGCCCGGGAGCUGGACUACUUUUCCCAGUAUGUGGCCUGGGUGAGAGAGCAGGUGACUCAGCGCAUUGCCACCUGCCAGCCCCUCUCCAGAGCCCUGGACAAUGGCCGUGUCAUCUUGUGUGACAUGGUGGCUGACCCCUGGAAUGCCUUCUGGUUCUGCCUCGCGUGGUGCGCCUUCUUCCUGAUCCCCAGCAUCGUCUUCGCCGUCAAGACCUCCAAAUACUUCCGUCCCAUCCGGAAACGCCUCAGCUCCACCAGCUCUGAGGAGACUCAGCUCUUCCACAUUCCCCGGGUCACGUCCCUGAAGCUGUAGGGCCCCUGUGGUGAUAUUUGCUGGCUGUGAGGUGAUGCCCACGCCGCCUGCCUUCCCCCUUGGACUUGGCCCGGACCAGAAGACUUGGGUUGCUCUUGCCCCAGAGCCCAGGCUGGCAGCCAGGCCUGGACUGUCUCUCACUUCCAGUUACCUGACCCUGUUUGCCUGUCUGCUUUCUAACCCCUUUCUGCUCAUGAACCCCUUCAUUCAUUCUCAAAAACACACUUGAGUUUUGUUGAGCUAGAGAGCCAACAGGUUCUUCCAGUGUCUAACCCUUAUCCUUCUUGCUGCAAUAUGUUAGCACCAGGAAGAGCCUGUUCUCCACCUACUGGAAGCCCUUCCUCUGCCCUUGGGUGGGACGGAGGCCCUGUGCGGUCCCACUCUGUCCCCACCCUCCCCUCCUCAUGCCCCACCACAACCCCUCGCCAAGCUCCUUGCCCCUUUUCCUCAUUUGGCCUCCCAACUUGCCCCGGCUUCAUUCUGUCCCCUCUCCAGUCCUUUAUCCUCCCUCCAGGAAGCCCUUUUUCCCCUUCAACCCCUCUUUACCUUAUCCUGCUAUCUUGCUGGCCCCCAGGAAUCCCUCCUGUCCAACCAAACUAAUCAGGUGAAGUCAGCAAGCAGGCCAGGGGCCACCAUGGCCCAGGCAUGGGCCACCUGCAGACUCUGCCUCAUGGCCCCUGAGCCCUCCACUGCCUGGGGAGCUGAGGUCCCUCAGUGGGGUGAGGGAGGCCUGUCUGAAGGCUGAGUCCCCUGCCUGCAUCCUGGGUUGGAAAUAGUGCUGCUGGCCCUCAGCUCCUCUCUGGGCACUGACUCCCUAGGAAGGAACCUGGGGCCUGGGCCAGAGCAGGGACUCCCCCUAGGUUCCCCAGAAGUUCCCUCUACAUCAGCCCCCAACCCCUAGCUUUCCUGGGAGCGAUCUCAUGGCCAUACAGGACUGUGCCCACUGGCCCUUCUCCUUCUGUCCAGUGCAUGUGGCCUAGGGUCAUCCCUGGCCCAUCCUGUGCCCUCUGACUGCUGGACACUGAGGUCCAGAAAUGGGGAAGGGGAGGAAGGGAGAGGAGAGGGGAUGGGUAGGGCCUCAGAUCCAUUAAAAUAUUCUCACUUCCUAA